UUUCCCUUUUCUCAUUGGUCCAGUCUUCUUCACGUGGCCCGCAGCCUCCUCCCACUGCUUUUCCCGCCCGGCGUUUCCGCUUCCGCCGUGGGGCCCCGCCCCCUCCGCCCCCCGCGGCCUCGCGGCGUCGCCGGAGGAAGAGGAGGAGGAAGAGGAGGAGGAAGAGGAAGAGCUGCGCCACAGGCGGGGGCGGAUGGGAACGCCCCCCCGCAGGAUGGCGGAGGGCUGGGCCGAGUGCCCGGCGCUGGGCCCGGGCUGGCAGCGCCGCGAAGCUUUUCGGAAAUCCGGGGCCACCAGCGGCCGCAGCGACACCUACUACAGGAGCCCCACAGGGCAGAAGUUCCGCAGUAAGAUCGAGCUGCGGCGGUUCCUGGGCCCCGGGCACGACCUGAGCAACUUCGACUUCAAAUCGGGGCAGCAGCGACCCAGCCCCACCCGGACCAGAAAGAGCCCCAAAUGGCACCUGCCCGCUGGGCCCCUCCCAGAUCCCCCCAAAAUCAUCAAAAAGGAAGAGGAGGAGGAGGAGGAGGUGGAGGUGGAGGUGGAGGUGGGCGGGGCUGAAACCGAGAAAGCCCCACCUUCAUCAGAUCAGGCCCCGCCCAUCCCCAGUCAGGCCACGCCCUCUUCAUCUGUGGCCACGCCCCUGAGGGAGCCCCCCCAUCGCAGGACCCGGAAGCGGCCGCCCCUGGAGCCCCCCCAGGAUGGCGUGGUGGCGCUUUGUGCUGGCUGCCAGAGCCUCUUCCCAGGGGUGUCCCUGCCCCCCCAGCGCCGCUGCCGCUGGCUCUGCCCUGACUGCCGUGCCCAGAGACGAGACUUCAACCGGGAGCAGCGAUUCUACAAGCGGGUGGGCUGUGGCACGUGCCAGGCCUGUCGCAUCCCCGAGGACUGUGGCAUCUGCAGCGCCUGCGCCCGCAGCCCCCCCGGGGGCCCCUCCGGGCCCGGCCGGACCCCCAAGUGCCUCCUGCGCCGCUGCCUGCGCAUUGUCAAGAAGGGCCUGGGCUGCGGUUCCUGCGCCGGCUGCCUGAGCACCGAGGACUGCGGCAGCUGCUGCAUCUGCCUGCGGCGCCUGCAGCCCGGCCUCAAGCGCCAGUGGCGCUGCCUGCGGCGCCGCUGCCUGCGCCCCAAGAAAGCCAGGGUGGCCAAGAAGCCGCAGAGCCCCCGGGCCCUGACAGAGAAGUGGAAGCCUCUCGUGGAGCGGGAGCCCAGCGAUGCCUCCAGCGCCAGGCACAGAAAGCUGCUGAACAAGGGCAAGGAGAAGAAGAAGCCGGGGCGACCCCCGAAGGCCCCUGGGCCCUGCGGGCGGGGGGUGCGGAGCCGGGCCAGCCGGCGCUGCGGGGUGUGCGCAGCCUGCCGGCGCCCGACCGACUGCGGCCGCUGCGACUUCUGCCGGGACAAGCCCAAAUUUGGGGGGCAGAACCUCAAGCGCCAGAAGUGCCGCUGGAGGCAGUGCCUGCGCUGUGCCAUGGAGAAGGAGGAGCCGCUGGGGGGGGCUGAGAACGGCCCCAGGCCCCUCCCGGGCCCCCCCCUGCGCCUCUGCCCCAUCAAGGAGGAAACAGGACCCCUCCCCCGCCUCGAGAACCCUCGCCUGGGGCUCCUCAUCGCCUCGGCCCCCCGCCUCAAAGGGGUCCCCCCGGAGCCCAGCGCCGCCCCCCAGAGGCCCCCCCCGGGAGAUUUGGGGGUCCUGAUCGCCGCCACCCCCCGCGUGAAGCAGGAGCAGCCCCAGCCCAGCGCGUCCCUGGUGCCGGUGCCCCCCCAACCUCCCCCUGCCCAGCUGGUGGUGCUGGAUGAGAGUGAGGAGGAGGAGGAGGAAGAAGAGGAAGAGGAGGGCGGCAGCCGAGUGCCCUUCCCGCUGCCCCCCGCUCCCCAGCUCUGGCCCGGCUCCUUCCUGGAGGAACUGGCCGAGAUUCCGCUCCCGGCUCACUGGGGGGUCGUGGGGGCUGACGGGGGUCCCGGGCCGUGCCCGGCGCGGGGGCUGCGCCUCGUGCAGCGCUGCCCCCGCUCCUCCAUGGCCGCGGCCGCCGUGCUGCUCAACCCGGGCUUGGCUUUCCGGGUCCUGGUGGCCCGAGGCCGCCCGGUGCCCCCCGGGCACGAGGUGCUGGCCCGGCGCCCCCCCCUGCGCUCCGUGCUGGACCUGGUGGAGCUGCUCUGCGAUCUCGAGGCCUACGGGCCCUGCCCGGGACCCCCGGGCCGGCCCCCCGCCCCCCGCUGCCAUGUCCUGGUGAGGGGGGGGCGCUGCUGCCGGCCCUGCCAAAUGCUGGCGGGGGAGGGGCAUUGA